GACAGAUUUAAAACAUGGAGCUUUGUCAUUAUGGGGAAAGAAAGAAGCAGUGACAGCUGCUGUGAUUUCAGCUUCUUCAAUAACUCUUGUUUACAAAUGAGAAGAAAUAGAAGAAUCCAGCCUAAGGGUACUGUGUAUGAAACUGAUCCUGCUAUGCUCUGACUAGAUGAAGGUGGGCUUCCUGAAAUGCAUUCGCCGAAUGGAAUAAACAACCUCUGUCCUGCAGUUAACGACUCUUGCAGUUAUGCUGACAGAAAUAGUUGACAAGUCUUCCCAUGUGGAUGCGUUUUCUCAGUCUCAACUGACUGUUCAAGAGAGAGAUCAUCUGGGAUCUAACAGAGUCUUCCAUCAGAAAGCCAGCCGCGGUGUUCUUUCCCUCCCACAUCUGGAAGGUCAAGCAAAGCAUGGUUUGGUUGCAGACACUGCAAAUCUUCCCCCCCUUGAAAUCAGCCUGCCUCAGAUAACAAAUAAGAGCUUGCAGAAUGGCCUCCCCUCUCUUCAGGAAAAUGGAACUCGAGGCAAUUUUUCUGAAUUUAGCCUUCCAAACAGUCUUCCUGAAACUGAUACCAGAGCCCAGACAAAAUCAUCAGAACUGGAAAGCACCAGCAUCGGUGUCAAACUGCCUAUGACAGCUUCAGAAGCCUUGAAAAAUUUUAGAAACCAGCUAACAGUCUAUGAGCAAAAAGAAAUUUUCAAUUAUACAGAGCUAUGGUUUCUUGGGCUGGAAGCUAAAAAGAUUGAAGGUUUGCCUGAAACCCAGAAUAAUAAUUGUUACGAUGAUGAGCAUGGUUCCUACUUAAAGGUUUUACAUGACCAUAUUGCGUACCGAUAUGAAGUGUUGGAGGUGAUUGGGAAAGGGUCAUUUGGGCAGGUGGCUAAAUGCCUGGACCAUAAAACUAAUGAAUUAGUGGCAUUGAAAAUAAUAAGGAAUAAGAAAAGAUUUCACAGCCAGGCUCUGGUAGAAGUGAAGAUCCUUGAUGCUCUUCUGAAGAAGGACAAAGAUGAUACUCACAAUAUCAUCCACAUGAAGGAAUACUUCUACUUUCGCAAUCACUUCUGUAUUUCCUUUGAAUUGCUGGGAAUAAAUUUGUAUGAGUUGAUCAAAAAGAACAAUUUCCAAGGUUUCAAUUUGUCUUUAAUUCGACACUUCACUCAGUGUGUGCUGAGAUGUUUACAAGUGCUCUACCAGGAAAGAAUCAUUCACUGUGAUCUGAAGCCUGAGAAUAUAUUAUUAUACCACAAAGGCCAAGGUUCAGUUAAAGUUAUUGAUUUUGGAUCAAGCUGCUAUGAACACCAAAGAGUGUACACCUAUGUUCAGAGCCGGUUUUAUCGCUCGCCUGAAGUGAUUCUUGGUCACCCUUAUGCUAUGGCUGUUGAUAUGUGGAGCUUAGGCUGUAUCAUAGCUGAGCUUUACACAGGCUACCCACUGUUUCCAGGGGAAAAUGAAGUUGACCAACUUGCCUGCAUCAUGGAGGUAUUGGGUCUUCCACCAGCUGAUUUUAUCCAGGCUGCAUCAAGAAAGCGAAUGUUCUUUGAUUCCAAAGGUUUUCCUAAAUCCAUAACUAACAGCAAGGGAAAAAAGAGAUGCCCAGACUCCAAGGAUCUAAGCACAGUGCUGAAAACCCAUGAUGCUGGUUUCUUGGACUUUCUGAAAGGAUGUCUAAUGUGGGAACCUGCCCUGCGCAUGACUCCUGAUGAAGCAAUGAAGCAUGCAUGGAUCCAGGAACCAAAAAUAUACAGAGCAAAACAGAAAACACAGACUUUGAGGAAGCUGAGUGAUGGCUCUUUCUCUACACCAGAAAAGAAAAAAGAGAAUAUUCAUAAUAUCUGGAAAGAUAUGGCUGACAAUGUGAAAAGUGAACUGGCUGAAAGACUGACUCCCACUGUGCCCUCCACAGGCACAAUAGAAAAUGAUGUGCAGAACACAAGGAAACAUGUUAUUCCAGAGAAACAUUUGGAAACCCAAAUGGAAAAGCCUAUAAGGAAUGAUCAAGCAGAACACAGUGGUGAAACAGCUCUUCCAAAAAAUUCUCUUUUUUUCCCACCAAUUAAGUAAUACACAGCACAAGUGAUGAUUGGUUCAGUUGCAUACCUGGUAUAUUUUGUAGGUAUUUGUACUCAGGAAUAUAAGCUGUAUCUGUCUGUACAUAGGCUGUGCACAUUGUAAGUAUAUUUAAUGUUCAUUUUACCUUGAAAUAGUCCAGGUAACCAAAACAGAAUUUGAAAACCAUUCCUUUUCCUGAUCUACAUCCUUGUGAUCAGAGAUCCUUCACAACCAGCAGCAAUAAAAUGGAGACUGUAGAGGUGGAGAGUGGCUUAUUAUUGAUGUUAUAGUAGACUUUUGAAUUUUAGAUUUUCCUGGAUCUAAAAGAACAAAUGCAUUGACUUCAGAAUCUGAAUCCUUUCAGCAUAAAUCAGGAAUAAUUCAUGGAUAGGAUUACUGGAUUUACUUCUGUAUAAAACAUAAGAGAAAUCAAACCCAGCAUCUUUACUUUCCUCCUUCUUUAUCUCCCACUUUUUAAUAGUGAAGAACUAGAUGGAAAUACAUUGUCACACCUUCUUAACAGACUUAGAAAGGUAAUUUAUGUUCUUUAGCAGCAACAAAGAAUGGUGUUCUGGGCCCACUUCUGCAGGGACUCCACUCACUAUUCAUAUCAACAAGAAGGAUGGAUUAAAUCAAGCUGGUUUGAUUUAGGAAAAUUGUCCUCCAUAGGAAGUUUAACUUAAUACCCUGAAAAAAACAGAUUUCUAUGACCCCUAUGAUUUAUAUGUUUAACUCAUUUGAACAUUCAACACUUUGGACAAUAGACUGCCUUUUCAUUGCAUUUGUAAAGCACCCACCUCACUACAACUCUCAUGCUUUACUGUGGCUUAUAGAUAGUACCGCAAUUUAAAAGGAAAUAAUGAGGAAAUUGUCCUACAAAAUACAGCUGCUACUGUAGCAGUGAUAUUGCAGUAGUCCCAAGAGAAAUAGGUGUUUGUAGGUGUUAAGAGUCACCAUAACAGCAAACUCCCACAGGUUCUUUGUGCAAAAGGAGAACCCAAAGGAUACGAAAAUGGUCCUCACACAGUUCUAAUCUAAUAGUGAGUAAAUAAGCCGUCUGACAGGGUACAGAGGUGACUGCAUGACAAAAGGCCGGUAGCAGGUGUGCUCUCCUGAUGAAUAGAAAGUUAAUGGUAAGGGUGACCCCAGAGAACAUGGACUGCAUGACGCAGUGUGACCAUUCUCUCAGCUUCAGGCAAAUCCUGGGACUCAUGAAGAAACACCUGGAAGAGGAGUGACCCAAAAAGGGCAAUAGCCCAUUAUUGAGUGUAAUUGAGCAGUGAAUUAUAAGGGUAUUUUGGCAGACAAAUAUCAUCCCGCUGUGAUGCAGACAUUCCUGAGAAACAGGCCAGCUUGCAGUACCAGAAUUAUCUGUAUCUCUGGCUUCAGAGAGACUCCUUUGCAGCUGAGCUCUCCUGGAGACUAUAAAACAUUCCCAUUCAUCACUAAAAUGAUGUACCAGGAAAAGUGAGUUCUGUAACACACAGCUUUUUGGUGAUUGCACAGAAUACCCAGGGUGGGUGAGCAUCUUGCAGAAUGUGGGCAGAGCCCUUAUCAUAUUCCACAGAGAAGGAGUCCCACCCCUGGUGGGAGCUGAUGGAGGAGUCGGACUUACCGUCAUUUUUAGGGACUAUUCAGAUAGGUUUUUGUAGAUAUUUGGAAAAUACUUUGGCUGUUUGUUUGCAGGUAACACAAAAGAUAAGAAGCAAAGGGUUUAUGUUUAAGUGCAAGGGUUCAAUGUGGACUACGAACAGCAAGAGUACUUAUCCUGACACACGUAAUGUAAAAGGUCAGAUUCUUAUACCCUGGAACUAUAAUUUGUAUUGUUUUGAUUCUGUUGCUGCUCAUUCUCCAUCUCUGUUGUGGUACAUUCACUUGACUGCUUAGGCUGCUCCGAGUUAAAAUAUCUGUCUUCUCACAAUUGUGCACUUGUGUAUUUGUCUGCUCUACCUCAGAGACAAAGUUUGGGGUCAAUUAUACCAAGUUGCUCUUGAUAGUCCUAAUGAAGCUGUAAACCUCAUUUGAUGUAUGGACUUGUGUGCUGGAGCCACUUUUUCUUCACAAUUAAUACAUUUCAAUAGCUUUUUGUAGUCAGUAGCACCAUAUUACUUCUCAUGGCAUCUGCUGAUGGGUUUUUCAAGGCAUUCAGUGCUGAGGGAAAAGUGACAAAGCCGCCUGAAACUGCAAUUCAGUUUGGUUAUCCUUCUAUUCACAGAAGGCAGACAGAUGGCAUUUCACUGUAGCUAGCUGGCUGCCAGGUAUUUCCUGUCUUCCCUUCCUUGCUGACCUGCUGUUCUUUUUUAAUUCCUUCAGCCUCCACAGUGAUUUCCAUCUUCAAAAUCUUUCCUAAUUAGGGCUCUUUUAGAUAACUGUUGGACUUUUUUCGGAGAUGGCAGAAACAAAUAGAAAUGACUUGGGAGAAAGAUCUUUCUUUUCUUUGAGUCAGUGCAGACUCAAAGAGAAAAGAAACACUGAAUGAUCAAUUUACUUAAUUGAAAAGCCUAAACCAUGCAUCAUAUUUUGUUUCUGUGUGAUGUAGUGUCAUUUUUUAACCACAUCUGCCAAGGAAAUGAGGUGGCUGCUUUCUUGUCUGUCUCUGCACAUUGGUCUGCCUAUCUUCUGGUUGGUGUCCUCUUCCCCUGUUAGCUCUUCAACUUAUUAGCAGAUAUUAGCUGAAGUAGGCAGAGGAACAGUGUUCUCAAAAAUAUUUGAUUCUGUAUGUUACAGUUGUAAGAGGAGUGAGACCCUAUUGCUGUUACCAGUGAGGGAAAGGCAGGAGAAUGUGGUCCUGGUCAGUUCUGCUGGCCCACCGAGCAGCAUGAGAGCACUGGCUGCCCAGGGAGCACAUGCUUGUUUCUGCAUCACUGUAAGGAUACACUGCUCCUUGAUCAGGAGCUGGGCCAAAUAAAAGCCAUUAGGGAAUGUGGGACAUCAUAGAAAGAGCUGGGCUUUUUACAGCGGAGACAACUGAUUUGGGGUGUAAGGCAUCAUGGCAUGGAGAAGUGCUGGGAAAUCAUGUCAUUGUGUUGAAGAGAAGUUGCAGGAACCAGCACUGUUGCAACAGUAGGUAUUUACAGUAGUCGGACACAAAUCUUUAGGAAAUCAAGCUGUGAGAACACAAAGGCUCAGUGGACAAGAUGUUAUACCUGUUCUGUCUUUGAAAUCUCAUGAAGACAAUGUUGUCUGUGAAAAAAUAAUGAUAAAGCAUGCUCCUAGCCCUGAUGCUUCUGGAAUUGAAUGCAUUUUUCAAUAAUUGCACCUCACCACCCCUCCUAGGAGGCUGUCUAAGCAUAAGUGCUGUAAGUCAAACACAGUAUCAUUGCCAGAGCCCAGCCCAGACCAUAAGGAUCCUAACUCUAAGUCUCUAAGUCUUCCUUGUACUGGAUCCUGAAGUUAGUUCUUUUAUUCAGGGUCAAUACAGAUAUCAUCUGCAACCACUUUAAAACACCACAAUCCCAAUUUGUGUAACAACACAGAGGUGCAAGCUGGUCGGGAGGUGUUGCGUGAAUGUUGGUUUUGGAUCCUUCCCUGAUG